ACGGCCGAACGGCGCGUCAGACGUGGUAUUGAUUGUGCCGCGGUGCCAGUGGGUCGACGGAGGUCCCGGGCGCGAGCAGUGCUGGACCCAGGGUGACGUGUGACAGGCUCUUCCACAGCAGGCUCACCACUUCAGACAGGCAUCCAGGAUGCGGCGUCAGCGCUGUCGCAGCUGGGGCACCCUGCUGGACGCGCCCGACGAGCUGGAGAGGCCGCCAGAGACCGAGAUCGAGUACGUGCGCUACCUGCAGCAGAAGAUCGCCGACGCCCAGGAGCGUCACCUGCUGCCGCUCAAGGAGGACGUCACCGACUGGCUCAACGCCACGCUAGGCACGGACCACAUCGACGUCAACAACUACAUGUCGGUGCUGGAUAACGGGAUCCUGCUCUGUCGGCUGGCCAAAAUCAUCGCCGAUCGGGCCGCGCACACACAUACGCUGACGAUGCCGCCGCCGACGUUCAAGUUUCGCUGCUGGGACCGAGCUCGGCCAGGAACCUUCUUCGCGAGAGACAACGUCUUUAACUUCCUGCAGUUCUGCAAGCUGGUCGGCUGCCAGGAGAACUUCCUCUUCGAGACGGACGGACUAGUUCUACACACAGCUCCGCGCGGUGUGCUGCUAUGCCUUCUGGAGCUGGGCCGGCACACGAGCACCUACGUGGAGCCGCCGACCCUGGUUCGCCUGGAGCAGGAGAUCGAGGAGCAGGAGCGGAUGGCGGCCGUGCGCGAGGGAUCCGACUCGGGCUACUCGGACACGAACCAGGAGCGCGAGCGUAGCGCCGAGAGGGACGUGCUGGACGCCCGCUCGCCGCGGCCCACGUCACUCAUUCCAGUCAGGAGGAGGAAGAGCGGCUCCCAGCGCAGGGGCGGGACCACCUCGAUGCCGGCGUCCGCGCUGACCUCUCCGGCCCACCACCGGUCCACGCCACGUCUGUCGGUGGCAGGAGCACCCUCGGGCGCCUGUACCCCGUCCCGCAUACCGCGACCGCAGGGGGGCCGGGCGCACCUGGUCAGGGUGAAGAUGGCACUGCACAACAGCGGCGCCGGAGCCGGCACCGGCGGCGUGCUCACGACCGAGGAGCGGACACAGCAGCUGCGGGAGCGGCUCCACCAGCUGGAGAUGAGGGAGGCGAGCAGCUCGACGCCGCGCCGGCCGCACGCGCGGGCCAGCACGCCGGCCAGCUCGAGCUCGGUGGCGAGCACGCCCACCUGCCGUACCCCGACCCACGGCCACCUCUCGUCCAGCGGCGAGAACAGCCUGCUCGAUAAAAAGGUGCAGGAGAUGGUUGAAGAGUCGGCGGCCGGCUGCAAGUGUCGCACCAACUGCAUGGCCGAAGUACAGCUCAGACGGGUGGCAGAGGGGCAGUACAACGUCGCAGGACGCACCGUUUUCAUACGGCUGCUGAAGGGCCGUCAUGUGAUGGUUCGUGUGGGCGGCGGCUGGGACACUCUGGAGCACUUCCUGAGCCGACACGACCCGUGCCAGUCGGCCACGCUGCCUGGCUCGCUGGCCACGGGCGACAGUGACACCACCGAGAUGUUCCUGCGCCUGCCGGCCACACCGCGCACCCGCUGCCAGGUGCCCUCCAACGGCUGAGCGGCCGGCUGGCCGGCGGUCGGUCCACGACACGGGUGUGAUGACCGCGGCCCGGCCAGCGGCCGAGGUGGCCGCCGCGCCGGUGGACAAUAUUCUCAGCAGCCAAUUCCAGUAGAGUUCCGUAGAGAGCACGUAGCUGGACGCUCUCCGGUUGUGACAGUCUUGUGGCGGGCGGUGCUAUGCGCUGGGACACGGCGAACCGUGAGGCCGAAGCGCAGAGUUACCGGGUGGGCUGCUGGCAGGCGGCCGCAGCUGACGUUAAAUCGAGCAGGGCUCAAUAGCAGACCAUAGCCAAUAGCUUGCGAAUCUCGGACACACCAUUGUGCAUAUUUAGCUCCUUAUAGUCAAACUUCAGUGCUUCGGAACCGCAGUAAUAAUCCCCUAAAACAUUGCCCUUGCGUCGGUCGUCGGCGCUGCGCAUCCCUCCCCCCCCCCCCCCAAGAAACCUACUUAGUGACGGCCGUCUAUAGGAAUACUGCCACGCGUCUGUUUCCCCAAGCCACAGGAGAGGCCCACCCAGAACGACGUGAUAGUGAUGCCAGCCACGAGCGUGAACGGUGCAAUCUUCGGCGCGCAGGUGCGCCGUGUUUGUCUCUCCCUGCGCCGACGGCGGUAGGUGCCCGCCGCGUACAUAGCUUGUCAAGAUGCCAUAUAGGUGUGUUAUGUUGCUCGCCGCCCCUUCAGGCGGAAUCAGUUGGUUGUUCUUUCGUCAGGGUAGGUCAGGAGACCGACGCUCUUAGCUGCGCGUCAUAAUUCGCGCAGGACAGGCACGAAUGCGCAGGUAUGAGUGCGCAGAGUGAGAGAGUUGAGUUUUCAAAGUGAGUUGAGUUUGAAGCGAAUGUUUGAGACGGUUGUGGAGCGCGGUAAGGGUGUUGAAUGUUGAUGUUGACUUCUUUGCAGCUAACAGGACGAGUUUAGACCGGGGCCAGGCUGAGUCCCAGGAAGUCGUACGUACUCGCUAUACAUUGCUGUUGUUUGUAAUGCCAUUUGAGGGACGGGAGGGAUGUCGAUGGGUCGUUUGAAGCGCAUACAUUCGCAGAAACAUGCCGCAUUUGUUUAUAUUCGGAAGGUUUAACUACUUGUACAAUAAAUACAUAAUAGGUUUCUGAUGCA